AUGGCAACCACCUACACCAAGAAACCCGCCCAGGUCAUCUUUGGCGCCGGAGACCUCGGCAACAACACCAACAAGGGCUACGAUACCGACUCGUCCGUUUCACACUUUCUUGAAAUCUGCCGCUCCUACUACACCUCAACUUGUACCAAACCACACUUCGACACUGGCCGCGCCUACCCGGCUGCCAACCCCGGCGCUUCCGAGACCUGGCUCGGGCGCAUGAGCGUCGGUUCCUGGCCUGCCGACAUUGACACAAAAGUAUGGUCCCAGUCCCCGGACGCGCACAGGCCCGCCGCCAUCGCCAAGUCCAUCUCGGAAUCUCUCACGGCCCUGGGCGUGGACAAGGUGCACACAAUGUACCUUCACUUCCCCUGCCGCGAGACCCCGUUCAGCGAAGUCUGUGGCGCCAUGAACGCCGCCUUCCGGCAGGGCAAGUUUGACCGCUGGGGCUUGAGCAAUUAUACCCCAGCCGACAUCGAAGAGAUGCAGUCCAUCUGCCACGAAAUGGGCUAUGAACCGCCGCGGGUGUACGAGGGGCAGUACAACGCCGUCGCGAGGCUGGGCGAGGAGAAACUGCUGCCCGUCUUGAGAAAAUACGACAUGGCAUACGUUGCCUACUCACCCUCCGCGGCGGGACUGUUCAGUGGUCAAGUCACUGCCGACUCGGUGCACAAGCCGACGGGUAGAUGGUCCAAGAGCCAGCCUGGCGGCGCCAUUUACGCCGACAUGUAUCUCAAGCCUAGCCUUUUGGCCUGCUCGGAAAGAGUCCAGGAUGCUGCAAAGAGGCUCGGGAUCCCGAGGGGGGGUCACGAGGUUGCGUUGCGAUGGGUCAUUCAUCACUCAUGCCUGGACGGGGCGCGGGGAGAUGGCAUAAUUGUUGGAGGCAGCACCUUGGAGCAGGCGCGACAAAACGUAGAAAUCUGUAAACAGGGGCCGCUUCCGCAGGAACUGGUUGAUUUGAUGGAACAAGUCUGGGCCGUCGCGAGGCCGAUUGCCCCGUUUGCGUACCCGGAGUGGACCAAGGAGGAGAUAGAGAAGAUGGCGGAGAAUUUGUACGCUGUGGGACAGGAAACGGCGCCACUGCCUCGAGCGACAGUCGCCUGA